GCUUCCACUUCCAUUGUCUCUGUUCGUCUAAACGCUUUCCAUUGCCGACUCUCUCUCUCUCUCAUUCUCUGAAGAAGAAGAAGAGAAGAGAGAGGAGAGGAGUCCACUAUUGCUUUUUGCCAUGGCCUAUAAAUAGCCACCGCGGUCCGCCUCCACCCCCUCACCACGCCGCCCGCCUUCAUCCUCCCUCCAUCGCCACCCGCCGCCCCUUUUCCUCUCUCUCUCUCUCUCUCUCUCUCUUCUCUGACUUCCUCCUUCCCCAGAGUUAACUGUCAAAAAGGUAAAAAGCCACGCCCCCGAAUCCCAAACGAACAUCCCUUCUCUGAUCCCAACCGCCCCACCUUUGAAUUUGAGCUCAUGAAAGUGCCAACAGCAGCUGACCCCAAGGACGACCACAGCACCAACAACAACAGCAACAGCAACAGCAACGGCAACAUCAACAACUGCCGCGGCGGCGACAACAUGUGUAAGACGAUCGAGGUCGCCGUCCUGGACCACCGGGAACUGUCCCCGCAUCCGGUUGCUCUGUCGCCUCCCUCCGGGGACGAGCCCCACUACAUCCCCCCGCUCAACUUCGCCAUGGUCGACAAUGGCAUCUUCAGGUCCGGCUUCCCCGACUCCGCCAACUUCUCCUUCAUCCAAUCCCUUGGCCUCCGCUCCAUCAUAUGCCUGUGUCCGGAGCCGUACCCUGAGACCAACAUGGAGUUCCUGAAGUCCAACGGCAUCAAACUCUUCCAAUUCGGGAUUGAAGGUUACAAGGAGCCUUUUGUAAAUAUUCCCGAGGAUACCAUUCGAGAAGCACUAAAAGUUGUUAUUGAUGUAAGGAAUCAUCCAGUCCUUAUUCAUUGUAAACGAGGAAAGCACCGAACUGGUUGUCUCGUGGGGUGCCUGAGGAAACUCCAGCGAUGGUGCCUGUCUUCGGUGUUUGACGAGUACCAACGAUUUGCAGCAGCAAAAGCCCGAGUUUCGGAUCAGAGGUUCAUGGAGUUAUUCGAUAUUUCUAGCUUCAAGAAUAUCCCACUCUCCUUUUCGUGCUCUAAGAGGUGACUCUCUGCAGGAUUUGAUGGAUCUUCUUCGUUUCCUAAUUUACUGGAGACGGAAGCGUCCUGUUUGAUGUGAAAUAAUAAGUUAAGAAAAAAGGUGAUGAGUUCUGAAACUGCACUGCGGCGGAGGAUGAUCAAUUCUUUUUUCCCCCCAUUCUCAAAGUUAAAAUAAGGCAUCAUACCAUUUCCGUAGAAUCUGUCAAAUUCGUCAUUAGGUUUGUAAGCUCAUGAACCGAUCUUAUUGUAGAUUUCAUCUUUCGUUCACCAUCUCAUGUGGUCUUUUUGGUGAUCACAAGUGGAGUCCCGGGACCUAGACAAGCCCCUAAUUCCCAAUGAGUCUGAGCUUUAUUGUCAGCAGGAUUAUAGGGCGUCUCUUGCUCCCGAAUGCUGUAUUUUAUGCCGGAUUAGGGGGAGUUUGAAGUAAGUUGCAUAAUGUGUGUAGAACUCGUGGACAAUUCUCAAGGAGACUCCCUCUCAAAGAUGUUUGUCUUCUGUGCAAUGGCAAUGACUCCGAAUUCGGUAAA